CGAGUUGACGCAGCGGUGCUGCUAUUUGUGCCAGAGUUGGAAAGGAGGGAGAAAAGGUUAAGCUAUGACGGGCGUUAUCAUGAACGAGGUGGAUUAUUUGCUUUCAUGUCCAUUUUCCACAAUGUCUUUGGAGGAAAAGCUGGAAGUUAAGAGACUGGGAUCACAUCGGCCGUCGAUGUGAGCUUCUUUACAAAUAAGGAUUACCACAGACCUGACCAUGAACACUGUUGACACUCACCUGAGGGAGACGCUGCCUAAGAUCUCCAAGCUGCUUGGUUGUGGUCUUUCUGCUCCAGAACAUCUUCAUCACUACGUCUUCUUUUGAAGAGGCCCUCAGAUGCUGCAAUCUCUGACCUUAAGGAGGAACUGCUGCUUUCACUCUGUAACGAGACAACGGUUAUUUUAAAGACCCAGCUCCUGGCGGCUUUUAGUGAAAAUUUAACAUCCAUCAAAAUGGAACUGCAGACAGUUAAAUCUGAGCUGUCGGUCAGUAUUUCAAACAUGAAAUCUGACCCAGCCGCCCUAAAUCACGCUGUGGGUGAAACAGAAACUUCAGUCUCCACAUCACCGAUGACAUCGUCACGCUCCAAAGCAGAGCACCUGUCUGCUGAACAGAGAAUAAUAAACUGCUGAAACAGUUGGUCUGUCCUUCUGUAAGUGAAAGCUAAACAGGAAGUGGUUCACUGACGAUGUCGUCCAUUCAGUCUCCUUCACAACCAGAUGAGGUUUUCCUUCUGUUGGCUUCACUCAGAAGACCCUCACAGUGAACAUGAGACACCUGAGAUGAAGAGAGAUGUCACAGCAUCAGCAUCAACAGCAAAGAAAGAGGAAGUUUUCUGUCACCAGCUGAGUGUGUUUCACAUGCAGCGCCUCCGGUGCUCAGCGUGCACAGCGAAGACUGGACUAGUUUCUGCUAUGGACGUCUACCAGGAGGCUGUGCAUUAUCUGGAGUCACAACAUGUACCAGUGGAAACAGAUACAGAUGUCUUGGAAGAGGAUGUUUUCCGGGAGGAGGCAGAGUCCUGCUUUCUUUCUCCUCUUAUCACAGAGAGUAUAGACUUCCCCGACACCCCCACAUCAUGCAGCCUGGAGGACAUGUUAGAAAGAAGACUUGUGGUCCUGAAAGGCAUCCUGGAGAGUGAGGAGGUUUAUCUCAGAGAGCUGGACGCCCUGCUGAUGCCCAUGAAGGCUCUGAGGGCCUCAGCUGGGACCUCCCAGCCAGUUCUGUCCAGUCAGCAGGUCCAGACUGUUUUCUAUCAGGUGCCUGAGCUCCGAGACGUGCACCAAAGCUUUUACUCCGACCUGAAAGCCCGUCUGAGCACUCACUGCCAGGCUGAGGUCAGCUCUGAACAGGAAACAGGAAUGAGACACAAAGACUUUGAGCUAAUGGUGGGAGACCUGUUUCUGAAAAUGGUGAACCAGAUCGGUCUGUACGGUGGUUUCAUUGAAAACUAUGAAAAGGCUGUCGAAGUUGUUAGGAAGUGCACACACUCUGAUCCUCGCUUCCGAACUCUGGCCCAGAGCAUGAUGUCUAACAACGGCGCAGACAAAGCUCGGACUCAAUACACAUUCGAAGCUCUACUGUAUAAGCCUUUGGACAGAGUAACGAAGACCACAUUAGUGCUGCGUGACCUCCUGAAGACGACACCAGUGGAACACAGAGAUUACGUGCUCUUGCAAGAAGUUCUGAGAUUGUCUCGCAGCUUCCUGUCUGGUGUCAAUGAGAGUUCACAGUGCAGACGGGAGGUCACGCUCAGUCACGGCAUGAGGCGUCAGCUGAUGCGUGACGGCUUUGUUGUGGAUAUGAGUGAUGGGGAACGCAGCCUGCGUCACCUCUUCCUUUACACCGACCUACUUCUGUGCACCAGAUUCAAACAUGCAGGCAGAGGGAAGCAGGACCAGUACAGGUUUUGCUGGUAUCUGCCUCUUGCUGGUCUCAGACUUCACUGGGUUGCAGACCAGGAGCGACCAUCUGACGCAAACAUCCGCUUACACUCCAUAAGAACCAAAAUGUACCUCCUACGCCAGCAGCUACGACAACAUGCGAAGGGUUCCAGAGGCUUCAUUAUGGCGGCUCGUAGCAGGAAGAAACUGGAACAGAUGGAGCUGAUGCAGCUCACACUCUCUCCGAUUUACAGACUGGAGCUGCACAGCCUCAGUGGCAAGAGUCACACUCUCCUCUUCUCCUCCCUGUAUGAAUUAGAAGAAUGGAGAGAAGCCAUCCACAAACUGACCACAGACAACAUAGAAACCGUCCCUCCAGACCUGCUCACUCUCACCAGUGCAUGUGCAAAACUGAGAAUGACCCAACAGCCACCGCUACAAACCGCUAAUGCUGGAGAGAACGAGGAGUCGUUAUGUGGGACUUUGAGUGUGGCAGUCCAUUGCGCUUUUGGUUUGCAUCAACCAGCUUGUCUGUAUGUGUGUGUGGAAGUAGACGGCUACGAGUUUUACGAUAAACAGGCCCAGACACACUCUUCAGUCCACAGCCUCAACCCUCACUGGGACCAGGAGCUGUCUUUCCAGGUAGAUGGUGCACAGAACAUGAGUGUGCUAUGUGUGAGUCAGUCGGAUGGACAGAACGAUACAGUCCUGGGAAGAACUACUGUAAAGCUGGAGUCUAAAACCCUAAAUAAGCGAUGGAGAAGACAGACUCUACAGCUGGGCCAUGUGGAGGUGACUCUCUCCCUGAAAUACUGUCCCCACCCACUGGAACCUCCCAGCUCCACAACUCAACAACCGCCCGUCUUCUGUGUGUCCAUUCAAAGUGUGGUGCAACAGCAGGGAGUGCUUGUUCCUCAUGUGGUGCGAUGCUGUGUGGAGGAGGUGGAGAGGAGAGGCUUGGAUGAGGUGGGAAUCUACAGGGUAUCAGGAACCACCAGCGAUAUCAGCAUGCUCAAGUCUGCAUUCAACAGCAAUCUGCGAGAAGCGGUCAGCAGGCUCAGAAGUGCCGAAGUGAACGCUGUUUCUGGUGUCCUCAAGCUCUACUUCAGGGAGCUGCCAGAACCUCUGAUACCCACUGAGCUGUUUCAGAGUCUGGCAAGAGCUCUGGACAUCCAGGACUUGAACUCACGGCUGGUGUCCAUGUUGUCUCUGCUGCAGUCCUGUCCUGACGCCAACCGCCACACCUUCCUCUACCUCUUGCAUCAUCUCCAACGAGUGUCAGAGAGGCAAGAUGUUAACAAGAUGUCGCUACUUAACCUGGCUACAGUGUUCGGCCCCAGCCUUGUACGCCCUCCUGUGGCUGGAGUGGGACACAACGGCCCCACUAUGGAUAUCUCUCAGGAGGUUGUGAUACAGGUCCAAGUGGUUUACUGUUACCUGCAGUGCAACAACCUCCCCGAAGCCCAGAUCUCUCUGCCACAUGACACGGAUGCUGAAGAUGAGACCACCCACAUGUGAGACCACCAUCUGUGCUGCGGCCGGCAGGAAAUUCAAAUAGAGUGUAGAAUCAUGUGAGGGAGGACUGUAAGACAAUAAAGGUAUUUAUUGAUGAUAAAAUA